AUGAGGGCUGCAUUCCUGGUGCUGCUCCUGUGGGCCGUAGCCUGUGCUCACCCCGACAUGGCAAGCGAAGAUGACAUCAACAAGCUGGGAAACAUCUUGAGUGGUGGAGAUGGCAGACAUCCUCCUGCCAGUGUGGAGAAGGGGGACAAUGCCCUUGCUGGGGAGCCAGCAGGUGGAAACGCCGUGGGCGAGGAGCUGGCCGAACAUCGUAGCCGAGACAAGGGAGGCAGAGCUGGGGAGGCUGAGCACCUGAACCGGGUGGACCACGAGAACGCGAGUGCCCGGGAUGGUAACAGCCUCGGUUUCCUGGAGGAGGAUGCACGCGAUGCUGAUGAUGGUGACAACGGAGAGUACCGUGGCACUGGAGUCAAUGGGCUUCCCUCCCAUGCUGGCGAGCUCCUGGAUGAGGAGGAUGACAGUGGGGAUGACACCUUUGAUGAGAAUGGGAAAGAGGAGGGGGUUGAAGGUCCUACUUAUGUGGCUGGUGCCGAUGGGGCAGGCGAACACAGGCACGACCCUGGCCGUGGGGAUGCCGGGGCUGGCAGAGGGCACGGCGACAGCAGCAGCAGUAGCAGCAGUGAGAGCAUCGGGAUGGACCACUGGAGCCGGUAUGAGCGGACCUCGAGGCGGGGAGCAGGCAGCAGCAGCAGCCAGGAGGAGGAGGAAGAGAGCUAUGACUUCGAGGAUGAAGCCAUGCAGGGCGAUGACCCCUCUGUCUUUGAUGGCCUGGGCAGCAGCUACAAGGAGCGCCGUGCUGGCCUCCAUGCCCUGGGAAGCAGCCGAGAGAGCGGCCGGUGGGCUGGCUCCCAGCGCUGGGAGGAGGGCGACAGCAGGUCCCCAGAGGCGGAGGAUGCUGACUCAGCAGAAGACAGCCCAUCCACGGAAGACAACAGUCAAUCCGAAGAGCCUGUCACCAGCCAGUCAGAAGAAAACAGCUCCAGCCGCUCCGAGGAGGACAGGGAUGGAGAGGACAGCCCUUCCAGGGAGAGUGAGGGCAGCAAGUCCAGGGAGGGCACUGCCGAUCAGUCAGAUGAAGAGCCAGGGGAGUCCCCAGAGGACAUCUCUCAGGAGGUAGUGAGCACGUCGAGUGAGCGCAGUGGCAGCAGGUCCCAGGAAGGACAGGAGGACCAUGAGUCUGCCGAGGACAGGAGCGUGCUGUCCACGCCUGACAGUGAGUCCGGGGAAGAUAAGGGCGACCAGAGCAAGUCCAGGGAAGAUGAUGGUGACCAGAGCCAGUCCACAGAAGACACUGUGGAGGAGUCAAAGGAGGACGAGAAUGACUCUGAGCCUGAUGGGGAUGUGCCGAGCACAUCAGCCGAGAGCCAGAGCUCAUCGCCAGAGGACGACGGCAGCCCAGAGAACAAUGCAGGCGAAGACAGCAUGUCCACAGAGAGCGACAAUAGCGAGUCCCAGGAGGACGACGAUGAUGAUGAGAGCCACUCCCAGGAGGACGCCACUCGUGAGUCCAGCAGCCGUGGGGAUGACAGCUCGCU